UCAAUUUUAAUUUGUGUACACACAGACAGAGAGAAGAAACGGAGAUAUGUCCUGAUUUUUUUUUCGUCAGUUUAACGUAUUUUAUUCAACAUGCAUGCCACGUAAUACAAAGAGGAUACACUAUUUAAAAUGUCAGUUUUAAAGUAUGUAAAUUAUUGUGGACUGAGUGUGAUUGGAUGUUGUUUUCGAAGCAGAAGAGGUUUCAUACCUGGCCCAGUCAGCAGUAACGGUUCGACAAAAGACACAGAUCAAAAGGAAGAAAAAAGAGUGGUGCUAGACACAUCAGCAAUGGGUAACGAAUGUGUUAUUGUUAAAAAUGGAAGAAGGAUAUGUGGAACAGGCUCUGCAUUAGCUAGCACUGAAAUAGUUCAAGACAAAUGUUAUUUUGAAGUUCGUAUACAGUCGUCAGGUAUAUGGGCGAUAGGUGUUGCGACAAAGAGCUGUGAUUUAAGUAUGGUACCGUUAGGAAAAGAUAAGUUUGGCUGGGUUCUGCGUUCAGAUGGGACGUUAGCACACAACGAUGUAGCUAUCGAUAAUAUUACCAUGAAUAUCCAAGAGGGCGACUAUGUGGGUUGCAGUUUUGAUCACGUGGAAGUAAAUUUUUUUCACAACGGUAAAAACCUGCAUUGUCCAAUAACUGGUGUUCGCGGAGCAGUCCAUCCCAUUGUUUGUGUUGACGAUGGAUGCAUUGUUGAUGUUAAUUUUGAUAAUUUCGUCUUCCCUCCUCCUCCUGGAUUUCAAAAAUUAAUGAUUGAGAAAGAUUUAAUAUAAACAACGCGUGUUUGCAUCAGUAUUUGCACACUGUGGAGAAGAUCGAAUCAAUGUGAGAAAGUGCACUUGAGCAAGGAGGUUUUGUAAGGUAAAUAAGGAGGUGUUGUGAAGAUAAUAGAAGAAAACGUUACGAAUUUUUGAGUGACAAUCAGACCGAACAGGUUAAAGUGAAUUUUGAUCUAAUAUAAAUUGUAUAUUUAUAGAUAAUAUUCUAUUCUUUUAAAUUUUUUUUUAAUUAGUUGUAGUUUUUUUUUAUUCAAUUUUGUUAAAAUAUUUUGACGUAAUUAAACGUUGUCAUUUUUAAGUAUGCGAUCAAUAUUUGUUAUACUUUAAAGCAGAAAAAUACGUAGCGAUUUUUGCAAGUUUUAACUAAAUGUGCGAGAUUAAAAGCCGACGAAAACUCGUUACUAGACUAAUGCACAAAAAUUAAACCUUGCACAUAUUCUAAUUUCUUUUUUUUUUGCUUCCUCCUCAGGAAGUUGAUAUUUGAAUUACGACAAUCUGUGCAUUAUUUUGUUUGCCACGUUUUUCUAAAAUACUCUUUUUUUUGCCAAUUGGAUGAAUAGAAUUCAGAGAGAAAAAAUAAUUUUCUCAAUUUCUCCCUGCUGGAAAAUAGUAACAUUCGUCGUGCAAAUAAAGCAACGCAAAAAUUUCUCUUCUUAAGUUAUUUUACUUUUAUAUAAUGUGUUUCUUGUAUGAUUUUUAAAAGUUGAGUUAAUUGUUCUGAUAUUGUUUCUGUUCCACAAAGAUCUCUCAAAACCUUAAGCUACACCCUUCAAUCCUGUUUACGUUAGUUUGCAUUUUACCAUCAAAGUAGGAAUUAAAACAAAAUGACCGUAGACAGAUUUCCCACGCUUCCUAAAAAUCCUCAAAAAUCAUAAAAAAAAUUAAAUCCUAAAUAAUUCUAAAAUAUCCUAAAAUUUCCUGAGCUGUUGCAAAUACUUCUAAAUAUCUCUUUAAUUUUUUAGAGAACAUCUAUUUGUAAAACUGUAUUUGUAUAAUGGAUUUUUUUGUGGAAUAUAAGUCAGAAAUAUUUAUAUUUUGACUUAUGUUACCCUUGUCACUAAUUUAAAUUCUCCUAAAAUCUCCUAAAUAUCCUAAAAAAGUUACUUGCAAAAUGAGUGGAAAAAAAUAAAAUGGUAGAAAAAAAUAAAAUGUAAUAAAGAGAUCUUUGUUGGUACGGACUAUAAAGAUUCUGUGUAUUUUGUUUUGUGUUGUGACUGAAGCGUAUAUGUAACAAAAUCAUGCACACACUAAGAAAUCCUGACAGAUUUAUUCUCGCGAGUCAAUUUUUUGAAUAUUUCGCGUGGAUUAAAUUUGUGGAUUGUUACUAGUGGAUUUUUCGCAAGGAUUUAUCUUCGCGAAUCUUACUUGUAACAUUGUUUUAAUACUUGUUAUUUUUCGUGCUUUUGUUUUUCAGUUUCAGUAGUAUGUGAAUGGCGAUUAAUAGAAUUGGACAUAAAAACUCUACAAGAAGCCGAGAAAUGACGAGUUUUUUUUAAAAACUGACAUAAUAAGGCGUCAAAUGUCUUCCCGGGAAUAAUUUUUGCGGAUUUUAUUUUAGCGAAAAAAAUUGACUCGCGAGAAUAAAUCUGUCAGGAUUUCUUAGUGUGUGCAUUUAGCGAAUUUGCGAUUUUUUUUAGAGCAAAUUUAAACAAUAGGCUUCGCAAAAAUUAAUAAAUUUCAAAAAUUA